CUCAUAGAAAUCACCAUGGUUACUUUAAAUAACAUUAAGCAGAGGCAUAAUCCUUCCUGCUUACUCUAAGGAAACUCUACUGCCAAUAUCUGUAUAUCUGCAUGGAAUCUGUAGGUUUAAAAAGAUGGUUUGUAGAAUCACAGAAAUGGGAUUAAGACAUGCACAUGAUCUAACAGGAUGAUAUUCUAAGCAUACUUAUAGGGAAGUAAGUUCCAUGAACAUCAAAUAUGAAGAUUUCCAAAUAAAGUGAUUGAACAACAAUGCAGCCUAUUUAAUUGAUUCUCUAAUCUGUUCUAACUGGGACAGCAUCCUUAAGGCAUACACUCUAAUAUUCCUUGAAUCAAAACAUUUGGCAGUUUCUUUGGAACUAACUUCAGAGGUUGGUAAUUCACAGGAUGACUGAGCCAUUCAGCUUUGCUUUAUUUCUCCAAAAGAAGAUACUUCGGUAGCAUCUACUAUGCCAAACUGAUCAGUUUAACAGAAUCCCUUUUAGGAUCUACUGUAAAUAUGUAAUUUGUGAAUGCUGCUAUAUUUCACAUGGUGUUUGGUAGCAUGGCAGAUUAUAACUAUGUUUUGAUUUCUAGAAUGUGGGACAAGGCCUACUGUGAAGCAGCUAGCCAUGGGGACUCGGAUUAUAGGCGGACAUGAUGCAGAACUUGGGGCAUGGCCAUGGCAAGUUAGUCUUCAAGUUCAAGACAUUCAUGUGGGAUAUCGCCAUGUAUGUGGUGGAUCUUUAAUUAAUAACAACUCAGUGCUGACAGCAGCACACUGCAUUAAAAAUUAUGUAAACCCAGAUAUCUGGAGGGCUGUGCUUGGUUUACAUCAUCUUUAUAAAUACCAAUCUCAUACUGUAAAGCAUCAAGUCAAAGCUAUCAUGAUCCACCCUGAAUAUGAAAUGACAACCUAUGAAAAUGACAUUGCCGUGUUUAAACUACUCACAAUUGUCAAGUACAAUGACUAUAUUCAGCCCAUUUGCUUACCAAAGACUCCUCUUCUCUUGAAUGAUCAAACUCCAUGUUACAUAAGUGGAUGGGGCCAAACAAAAGAGAAUGAAUGUGGAACAAGGCCUGUUAUGAGUGAGAAAUCAUCAGGGAGUCGGAUUGUAGGUGGACAUGAAGCUCGGCCUGGGGCAUGGCCAUGGCAAGUUAGUCUUCAGAUUUACCGCAUUGGUGUAGGAUAUCUCCAUGUAUGUGGUGGAAGUUUAAUUAAUAAUGACUCUGUGCUGUCAGCUGCCCACUGCACUAGGAAAAGGAUGGACCCAGAGAUUUGGAGGGCUGUGUUUGGUUUGCAUCAUCUGUAUAGUCACAAGACCUAUGCGAUACGACGCCGGGUUACGAAAAUCAUGGUCCAUUCCCGCUACGACAGAGAGUCCCAGGAAAAUGAUAUUGCCUUGUUCAAGCUAAGCAAGUCUGUCAUGUUCAAUGAGUAUGUCCAACCCAUCUGCAUUCCUGACAAAUAUCUAAUUCUGGCCAAAGGCACUAAAUGUUACAUAGCUGGAUGGGGAAUGCAAAGCGAGAAUGGUACACCCAGUUAUCUAUUACAGGAGGCUGAAAUAGAAAUUUUCCCUCUAGAAAUCUGUAACAAAAUGGACUGGUAUGCAGGGACGAUAUCACAGAACAAUCUUUGUGCUGGCUCUGAAACUGGGCAUGUUGAUAGCUGCCAGGGAGACAGUGGUGGUCCUUUGAUGUGUGGUUUCCAAAAUAAGAAGUACUAUCUGAUAGGAAUCACCAGCUAUGGCUAUGGCUGUGGCCGGCCAAAAUAUCCGGGAAUCUAUGUAAAUGUGUCUAUGUACAGAAGCUGGGUAGUGUCAAGAGUCAGCAAAAACCCCACUGCAAACAUUCAGUGUGUUUUAAGCCUUUUGACUGUGGCAUGGGUAACCAUCAGUCUUGUUCUUUGAAAAGAAAAGUUCACUUUGCAUUCUGUUAGAAUUGCUUUAAACUUACUGCUUCCUCUUGCAAACUAGUCUUUUCAGCAAAAUUAUUUCAACAGCCAGUAGGAUUUGUAAUGUAUUAUUUUAUUCCCACCACGAUUAUCAUCCAUAACUUAGGUAUAUAAACCGAAAGGCACUGUUUAGUUCCAUAUAUAUGUUUUAUCUGCUCUAAAUGACCUGAUGGCAAUUGUUUUUCAAGCUGGUCUAAAGAGAUAAUGCAUAGUUUUUGUUUGUUUGUUUUUAAAGCACUAGAAAUUUUUUUACAUCUAGCAUGCCAUGUAAUAUAUAUUUUACCCCCCAAAAUAGACUGAAAACAUAUUUAAUCCAUAAUGCUGUAUAUGAGGAUAUAGAGAGGUAUAUAUGACAGAUGCCAAAUGUUUCCAUACUAUUUAUAGCAUUUUAAAAAUAAACUAUAUGUUGAAGUAGGAAGUGGAUAUCGUGUUUGAAAUUUAGGUUUAAUAUUUCUUCUGUCCUUUACUCUUAACUGACAGCAUCAGGGAGACAAAUGCAGGACCCUAUUUGUUACAUACAAGUUAAUUUUCCCAGCACAAAUCCUGAAAGUGUUUGCCCACAUACAAAAUUA